UGCACCGGGCAAUGUGAGGCGAGCAUGCGCUAAACCAUGUACAGACUUACGUAGGCCCAACACAUAAUAAUACCAUCACUGAUGUUUACGUACGGAAUUUAAAUAAAUAAAAUACUUAUUCGCGGAGAAAACAUUCUUCAACAGAACGAACGGAUGGAGUUCCCUGUGGACGGCCUGGUCAGCGUGAGCCAAGAGAUCCUGGAGAGAUCAGCCCAGGACUACAUGAACAGCCUUCUCCACAGCCCCCCUGACUCACCCCAACACCUCACCCUCGCAAACAACACACAGGUGCCCAUUGGUCUUUCCAAUGUGGGUUUCGUUCCUCUAUAUGGAGACAACUUGAGACAGAAAGUCCUCGCCCUGUUCUCCCAACAGGACCAGUUUACAGCGGUGGGGCUGUACCUGUUGGAUCAAUGGUGGUCACUGGAGAAUAUCUUAAAAACAGCAGACUCUGACAAAGAUGGAGUUGUGGAGGUGGAGACCAUAGGGGAGCGGAUAGUUCUGUACGUUUUGAACCGUGUGGUGUACAGAGCCAAGGAGAUUAGUUCAGGCGAACUACCUUUCCUCUGCCAUGGAGAGAACCACUACGCCAAGAUCCUUUGGAAAGACGGACAGGCUGUCGGCUUCUACUCAGUCAAACCUUCAGGCAGCUUGUGCAGUUCCUUCUUAACCCAAUGCUAUCACAUUCCUGUCAUGGAUUCCAUAUUCGUCAGGAAGUGUCACCGUGGCAACGGUCUGGGUCUUCAGAUGCUGGAGAACUUUGUUGACAGUUUCAAAGAGGAAUGCCUUGGGUUGAGAUACCCCCUUUCAAAAGCUAUGUACAAAGUGUGUGGGAAGUAUCUGAGCCUGUACCCAGCCCACAGAGACCUACUGUGGGAAGUGGAGAGUGUUGGAGGACCCAGCCAGAGGACUAACAUAGCCAACAAGAUCCAGGCCAUGGCCAUGAGCACCUUAUCCAAGAACCUGUCUUUUACGGAGCACUCUGUAGUGAACCGUGACGUGGCUGAAAACGAGGUGGUUAUGGAGGAAGUGACUUCACACUUACAGGAACAGGAAGCCAUGGAGUACACCGUUGAAAUUGUGGAGGAAGUUACACUGGUCAGGGUGACAAAAGAGAAUGAAGAAAUGCCGGUUACAUCCAGAGGAAGGAGCAGCGGCCUCAAACGCAAGAAGAUCUUAGAGGAAAGCAAAUCAGAGAAAGUCCUCAGGAUUGAGGACAUUGAAGCAGAGGUGGAGACUCCCAAAGAGAAGCCAGUGGCAGAGCAUCAGCAAGAGAAUAAAGACGAAGUUGCUGCUGUUGCUGAAUCCGACAAAGAGGAGUUGGCUGAGGAUGUCAUUAACACAGCCACGGGGGACACAGCAGUAGAGCCUGAGCUUGGAGAGGAGAUUGGAGAGACUGUUACAACCCGGACACUUCAGAUUCAGAAAGCCACUGUGUUGCUGGUGGACCUGAAAGAAACCUUGCAACCACAAGUGGAGGUAGAAAAUGUGGCCUCAGAGGUGGAGGAGAUGAAGGAGGCUCCAAAGGAGGUGGCAGAAACCGAUGAAGAAACAGCCGAAGAACCCUCUAAGGAGGAAAACAAAAGAAGAGGGAGACCAAGAUCCACUCGUCUCACAAAACCUUUUGAGGCUGAGGAGGAGACAGUGAAAGAAGAGCAACCAGCAGUUGAGAAACCUGCUGAGGUAAAGGAGAAGAUCUCACCACCUGAAAAGGAAGUGGUAGUUCCAGAGGUAGAAACAAGAGUCCUGAAGAGAGGAAGAAAAAGUGUACCAGCUACCCAGACUCCAAUUCGCAAGUCCACAAGAAGAGUCAAACAACCUGUGGAAGAGGAGGAAGAGGUGGUUGAGGAAGAAGUAGAGGCAGCUGUAGUGGAAGCCAAAGUUCUGAGGAGAGGAAGGAGAUCUGCCCCUCCUCCUGCCCCUGCCACCCCUAGACGCAAAUCCACUCCAACUGUUGUUGAAGAGGCAGGAAAAACAGAUGAAACGACAGAGGAGGAAGUAGACGACAAAGUCCAGGAAAAAGCUGUUGAGGAAGAGAAGGCUACAACAACAACAAGCCAAGAGGAAGUGGAAGCAGAAAGCUUUGAGGAGGUUGUGGAAGUUCUUCCAGUUGUGGAAACUAGAGCUAAGAGGAGCAGGACAAAAACAGUCACACCCAAACGAAAGUCCUUACGAAGCAAGUCCUUUGUGGAUUAUAAGGAACAGGAUGCAGAGAAGGAGGAAACAGGAAAUGAAUCCACAGUGGAAGAAGGGGAGGAUAAUGUGGUGGCAGAAGAGGCGAGCGUAGUAGAGGAGGAAGAAAAAGAGGAAGGGUUCCCGGUGGCUGAGGUUGCUGUUGUUGAGGAGACAGAGAAGCAGCCUGAGGAACACAAAUCAGAGAAAGUCAUCAGGAUUGAGGAUAUUGAAACAGAGGUGGAGACUCCCAAAGAGAAGCCAGUGGCAGAGCAUCAGCAAGAGAAUAAAGAAGUUGUUGCUGUUGCUGAAUCUGACAAAAAGGAGUUAGCUGAGGAUGUUGUUCACACAGCCACAGAGGACACAGCAGUAGAGCCUGAGCUUAGAGAGGAGAUCGGAGAGACUGUUACAACACAGACACUCAAGCUUCAGAAGGCCAUUGUGGUACUAGUGGACCUGAAGAAAACCUUGCAACCACAAGUGGAGGUAGAAAAUGUGGGAUCAGAGGUGGAAGAAGAGGCUCCAAAGGAGGUGUCAGGAACCGAUGAAGACGAAAAAGAAAAAGCCAAAGAACCCUCUAAGGAGGAAAAGAAAAGAAGAGGACGACCAAGAUCCACCCAUCUCAGAACACCUGUUGAGGCUGAGGAGGAGACAGUGAAAGAGGAGCAGCCAGCAGUUGAGAAACCUGCUGAGGGAAAGGAGAAGAUCUCACCACCUGAAGAGGAAGAUGCAGGUCCAGUGGUAGAAACAAGAGUCCUGAGGAGAGGAAGAAAAAGUGUUCCAGCUACCCCGACUCCAAAACGCAAGUAUACAAGAAGAGGCAAACAGUAUGAGGAGGAAGAGCCUGCUGUGGAAGAAAAAGCUCCAGUGGUAGAAACAAGAGUCCUCAGGAGAGGAAGAAAAAGUGUUCCAGCUACACUGACUCCGACACGGAAGUCCACCCAAAGAGGCAAACAACCCAAAGAAGAGGAGGGGGAGGAAGAGCCAGCUGAGGAAGAAGAAGAUGCACCGGUAGCGGAAACCAUAGUUCUGAAGAGAGAUGGAGGCAGAUUUUCUGCUCUUGCUCCUGCAAAUCCCAGACAGAAAUCCACACAAGCCUGCAAAGAACCUGAGGAAGAGGAGGAGAAGGAAGGGGAGUUGCCUAAACCUGUUAAGGAAGCUUUGGAAGAAAAGGUAGAGAACGAGAAAGAAGUGGAUGAAGCAGCAGCUGCAACAUUGGAGAGUGUGGGGGAAGAAAAGGGGGCAGAGGAAACAAGAACUGAGGAAGACGAAAAGGUGGAGGAAGAGAAGGAAGCGGAAACUGAAGCUGCAGCUGAAACUGUACCAGUGGAAGAGGAGAAAAAAACUGUGGCCUCAGAUAUCGAGGUGGAGGCUCCAAACAAGGUGUCAGGAACCGAUGAAGACGAAGAAGAGAACAAAGAAGAAACAGCCAAAGAACCCUCUAAGGAGGAAAAGAAAAGAAGAGGACGACCAAGAUCCACUCAUCUCAGAACACCUGUUGAGGCUGAGGAGGAGACAGUGAAAGAGGAGCAGCCAGCAGUUGAGAAACCUGCUGAGGGAAAGGAGAAGAUCUCACCACCUGAAGAGGAAGAUGCAGGUGGGGAAGAAGAAGAACUGGCACCAGUAGUGGAAGCCAAAGUUCUGAGGAGAGAAAGGACAUCUGCCUCUCCUCCUGCCCCUGCCACACUUAGACGCAAAUCCACACCAACUGUUGUUGAAGCGGAAGAGGCAGACAAACCAGAUGAAACAACAGAGGAGGAAGUAGAUGACAAAGCCCAGGAAAAAUCUGUUGAGGAAGAGAAAGCCACAACAACAACCCAAGAGGAAGAGGCAGUUGAAGUAGAAAGCUUUGAGAAGGUUGUGAAAGUUCCUCCAGUUGUGGAAACUAGAGCUAAGAGGAGCAGGACAAAAACAGUCGCAGCAGCCACACCCAAACAAAAGUCCUUACGAAGCAAGUCCUCUGUGGAUUAUAAGGAACAAGAUGCAGAGGAGGAGGAAACAGGAAAUGAACCCACAGUGGAAGAAGGGGAGGAUAAUGUAGAGGCAGAAGAGGAGAGUGUAGUAGAGGAGGAGGAAAAAGAAAAAGAGGAAGGGUUCCCGGUGGCUGAGGUUGCUUUUGUCGAGGAGUCAGAGAAGCAGCCUGAGGAACACAAAUCAGAGAAAGUCAUCAGGAUCGAGGUGGAGACUCCCAAAGAGAAGCCAGUGGCAAAGCAUCAGCAAGAGAAUAAAGAAGGAGAUGCUGCUGUUGCUGAAUCCGACAAAGAGGAGUUAGCUGAGGAUGUUGUUCACACAGCCACGGCGGACACAGCAGUAGAGGCUGAGCUUGGAGUGGAGAUUGGAGAGACUGUUGCAACACAGACACUCAAGCUUCAGAAAGCCACUGUGUUGCUGGUGGACCUGAAGAAAACCUUGCAACCACAAGUGGAGGUAGAAAAUGUGGCCUCAGAGAUAGAGGAGGUGGAGGAGGAGGCUCCAAAGGAGGUGGCAGAAACCAAUGAAGACAAAGGAGAGAACAACGAAGAAACAGGCAGACCAAGAUCCACUCGUAUCACAAAACCUGUUGAGGCUGAGGAGACAGUGGAAGAGAAGCAGCCAACAGUUGAGGAACCUGCUGUGGAAGUGGAGAUCUCGCCACCUGAGGAUGAAGAGGAGGCUCCGGUUGUAGAACCUAGAGUCCCGAGUAGAGGAAGAAAAAGUGUUCCAUUUACCCCGACUCCAAAACGCAAGUCCAAAAGAAGAGGCAAACAGCAUGAGGAAGCCAGAGUUCUGAGGAGAGGAAGGAAAUAUGCUUCUGCUCCUGCCACACCUAGACACAAAUCCACACAUGCCACUAAAGAACCUGAAGAGGAGCAGGUGGCUGAAUCUGUUCGGGAAUCUGUGGAUGAAAAAGAGGAAGUAAAACCAGUGCAGGAGGAAAAGGCAGAGGAGAAAGACACACUGAUGGAUAAAGAGGACAUGGAGGAGGAAGCUGCAACAGUGGAGAGUGCGGAGGAAGAAAGGGUGGCAGCGGAAGCCAUAACUGAGGAAGACGGAAAGGUAGAGGAAGAGAAGGAAGAGGAAGCUGAAGCUGCACCGGAAGCUGCAACAUUGGAGGAGGAGAGUGUCAAGGAAGAAAAUGUGGAUGAAGAAGCAAAAACUGAGGAAGAGGAAAAGGUGAAGGAAGAGAAGGAAGCGGAGAGAGUGGAAGAAGAAAACAUUGAGGAAGCUGCAGCGGAGACUAUUAGUGUGGAAGAAAAUAUGGAGGAGGAAGCAACAACCACAGUGGAAGAAAAGGAAGAGGAAAAAGUGGAAGAAGAGAAGAAAGAGAAAAUAGUUAUUGAUCUAGCUGUAGAAAAACUAGCUGGGGUAGAAGAGGCAGAUAAAGUGGAGGAGAAAGAGGGAGCAAAGCCAGUUGAGGAAGAGAAGAAGACUUCACUCGAGGAGGAAGAGCAAGCUCCAGUAGAGGAGGAAGAGGAUGCUCCAGUUGUAGAAACAAGAGUUUUGAGGAGAGGAAGAAAAAGUAUUCCAGCUACUCCGACUGCAAAGCACAAGUCCACUAGAAGAGAGGAGGAAAAAGUGAAAGUGGAAGCCAGAGUUCUGAGGAGAGGAAACAGAGGCAGAUUUUCUGCUCCUGCCCCUGCCACACACGGACGCAAAUCCACUAGAGCCCGCAAACAACCUGAGGAGGAGAAGGAAGAAGAGGUGGAGGCAGAAUUUGUAAAUGAGCAAAAGAUGGAGGAGGUGGUUGCACCUGUUCAGGAAGCUGUGGAGGAAAAAUUGGAGGAAGAAAAAGCAGUGGACGAAGCAGAAGCUGAAACUGCACCAGUGGAAGAGGAGAGUGUUGCUGAACAAAAGGUGGUGGAGGGACAAACGACUCAGGAAGAGAAAACGGUGGAAGCUGAAACUGCUACUGUGGAAGAAAAGCUGGAAGAAAAAAUACCUGAAAAAGAGGAAAAGGUUGAAGAAGAGAAGGAAGCUGAAGCUAAAACUGCACCAGUAGGAGAGGAGAGUGUUGCAGAAGAAAAGGUGGAGGAAGAAGCAAAACCCACAGAGGAAGAAAAGGUGGAAAAAGCAACAACUGAGGAAGAGGAAAGAGUUGAGGAAGAUAAAAAAGAGGUGGAAGCAGAAGAGGAAGAAAAACUAGCAGAUGUAGGUGAAGAGGCAGAACAAGUGGAGGAGGCAACAGCAGUUGAAAGUGUUGCAGAUGAAGUGGUAUUAAAGCCAGUUGAGGAAUGUGCUGAGGAAGAAGAGAAGACCUCACCACCUGAGGAAGAAGAGAAGACCUCACCACCUGAGGAAGAAGAGAUGACCUCACCACCUGAGGAAGAAGAGAAGACCUCACUACCUGAGGAAGAAGAGAAGACCUCACCAGCCGAGGAGGAAGAGGUGGCUCCAGUUGUAGAAACAAGAGUCCUGAGGAGAGGAAGAAAAAGUGUUCCAGUUAUUCCUCCAAAACGCAAGUCCACACGAAAAGGCAAACAAGCUGAGGAAGAAGAGGAGGAAGUAAAGCCAGUUGUGGAAGAAGAGGCUCCAGUUGUGGAAAGUUCUGCAGAUGAAGAAGUAGAAAAACCAGUUGAGGAAGAGGAGAAGACCUCACCACCUGAGGAGGAAGAGGUAGAUGAGGAAGAACAAGCUCCAGUUGUAGAAGCAAGAGUUCUGAGGAGAGGAAGAAAAAGUAUUUCAGUUUCUCCCCCAAAACGCAAGUUGAGAAGAAAAGGUAAACAGCCUGAGGAAGACGAGAAGGUGGAGGAGCCAGAGGAGGAAGAUGCAGCUGAGGAGGAAGAAGAGGCACCCGUAGUUGAAGCCAGAGUUCUCAGGAAAGGAAGGAGAUCUGCCCCUACAACUGCCCCUGCUACAUCUAGACGCAAAUCCACACGAGUCAGCAAGCAUCCUGAGGAAGAGGAGGUUGUGGAGGCAGAUGCUGAACCUGCACCAGAAGCAAUGGAGGAAAAGGUGGAGGAAGAAAAAGCUGUGGAGGAGGAAAAGGGGGAGGAGGAAAAGGAAGCUGCAGCUGAAACAGCACCAGUGGAAGAUAAGAGUGUUGCAGAAGAAAAGGUGCAAGAAGUAAAAGCAGUGGAGGAGGAAGGAGAAAUUGUGGAAGAUGAAAAUGUGGAGGAUGAGAAGGAACCGCAGAUUGUGGUAAAAGAGAAGGUUGAAGAAGCUAAAGCUGAAACUGAACCAGUUGAACAGGAUAAUGUUGCAGAAGAAAAGGUGGAGGAGGAAUUAAAAAGCAUAGAGGAAGAAAAGGUGGAAGAAGAAACAACUGAGGAAGAGGAAAAAGUUGAGGAAGAGAAGAAAGAGAUGAAUGCAGAAAAGGAAACAAUUGUUGAAAUGGCUGUAGAAAAACUAGCAGAGUUGGUUGAUGAAGAGGCAGAAAAAGUGGAGGCGGUAACAGCAGUGGAAAGUGUUGCAGAUGAAGUGGUAGAAAAGCCAGUUGAGGAACCUGCUGAGGAAGAAGAGAAGACCUCACUACCUGAGGAGGAAGAGGAGGCUCCAGUUUUAGAAACAAGAGUCCUGAGGAGAGGAAGAAAAAGCAUUCCAGUUUCUCCUACAAAACUUAAGUUCACAAAAAGAGGCAAACAAGUCCAGGAAGAGGAAAACAUGGAGCAGCCAGAGGAUGAAGAAGCACCAGUAGUGGAAACCAGAGUUAUGAGGAAAGGAAGGAAAUCUGUCCCUGCUCCUGCCCCUGCCACACCUAGACGCAAAUCCAAACGAGCCCGCAAAGAACCUGAAGAAGAGAAAGAGGAGAAUGAGGAAGAAAAGUUAGACAAUGCGGCUGCAACAGUGGAGAGUGUGGAUGAAGAAAUGGUGGAGGAAGCUGCGGCUGCAACAGUGGAGAGUGUGGAGGAAGAAAAGGUGGAGGAAGUGAAUGAAGUGGAGGCAGAAGAAAAGGUUGAAGAGGAAACAAAAGCUGUGGAAGAAGCAAGAACUGAGGAAGAAGAAAACGUGGAAGAAGCAACAACUGAGGCAGAAGAAAAGGUGGAAGAAGCAACAACUGCAGGGGCUGUGGUAGAGGAGGCUGAAAAAGUGGAGGAGGUGGCAACAGUGAUUGAAAGUGUUGCAGUAGAAGAGCCAGUUGAGGAAGAGAAGACCUCACAACCUGAGGAAGAAGCAGAGACUCCUGUUGUAGAAAUAAGGGUCCUGAGGCGAGGGAAAAAAAGCACUGUUAAUCCUCCAAAACGUAGCUUCACACCAAGAGGCAAGCAAGCCAAGGAAAAGGAGAAGAAGGAUGAAGAAAAAGUAGAGGAGGUGGCUGAACAUGUGCCGGAAGCUGUGGAGGAAAAGGAGGCGGCAGCUGAGGAAGAUGAGGCACCAUUAGUGGAAGCCAAAGUUCUGAGGAGAGGAAGGAGAUCUGCCCCUGCCACACCAAGACGCAAAUCCAAACGAGCCCGCAAAGAACCUGAAGAAGAGGAAGAGGAAAACGAGGAGGAAAAUGUAGAGGAGGAAAACGCAUUGGAGGAGAAAAUGGUGGUUGUGGAGAAUAAGAUGGAGGAGGAAGAAGAAAAGGUUGAAGAGCCAGCAGAGAGUGCUACUUCAGAGACGAAAGAGGAAGAAGACAUCGCACAGCAGCCAGAGGAGGUGGCAGAGCAAACAGAGUGGAAGGGAGUAGUAAAGAACACUGCUGAAACAGAAGAAGAAAAGGUAGCUGAUGAAGAAACAGCUAAAGCGGUAGAGAAGAAGGAAGAAGGAGACACCACCAAUGUGGAAAAAAAUACUGACAAGGCAGCAUUAACUUCUGUUUCUCAAGAUGAAGUAGCUGGUAAAGCUUCAGAGGAAGAGGAGGGAGAAACUCCAGGGGAAGGGGAAGAGGCAGAGAAAACAGAAGAAACGACAGAGGAAGUAGUAGACAAAGUCCAGGACAAAGCUGUUGAGGAAGAGGGUGAGAAGGCCACAACAACAACAAGCCAAGAGGAAGAGGAAGUGGUAGCAGAGAGCCUUGAGGAAGUUGUGGAAGUUCCUCCAGUUGUGGAAACUAGAGCUAAGAGGAGCAGGACAAAAACAGUCGCACCAGCCACACCCAUACGGAAGUCCUUACGAAGCAAGUCUUCUGUGGAUUAUAAGGAACAGUAUGCAGAGGAGGAGGAAACAGGAAAUGAACCCACAGUGGAAGAAGGGGAGGAUAAUGUAGUGGCAGAAGAGGCGAGUGUAGUAGAGGAGGAGGAAAAAGAAAAAGAGGAGGAAGGGGCCCCGGUGUCUGAGGUUGCUGUUGUCGAGGACACGGAGAAGCAGCCUGUGGUAACGAGAGUUCUGAGAGUGAGGUUAACUGCCACGCCCAUGGCCACACCCACACCCCAGCGUACAUCCACAAAACGCAGCAAAAUAGUUACACCUGAGAAGGUCGAGCCUGAGGUGGGCAUGCUUUCAUCAGAUGAAGAGCAGGAAGAGAGCCCUGUGGAAAAGAGAAACCUCUGGAAGAGAAAAAAUAUGGAACCAACACCUGUUCGCAGAUCCAAGCGCCGCAGCAGAAUUUAGACUGUUGAGAAAGUUUUUUUGUUUGUUCAGUUUUAAAAAAUGCAUCUAUUUAGUGAAGAUUUCAUAUUAGACCAGAUUGUUUUCUUCUAUCUAUUUGUAAGUUUCUAAAAAAAAAAAAAACAUACAUGACAACAUUUUUAUGUAAUUUUUCUGAAAGUCGAUAUGUAGUAUAUUUGAUAUCUUUUCACAUUGUAUAUAUAGUCCGUUUUUUGACCGAACAGUUUUUUGACCUUAGUGGCUGGUGUGUCUCAUGUGUUUCAGUCUGAUAGGCUUUGGUUUGGACAUGAUCGGCUAAAACAACAUUUAUUCCCUCAAAAUACUGCAUCCAUGAUCUGCUAAAACAACAUUUAUUCCCCUCAAAAUACUGCAUCCAUGAUCUGCUAAGACAACAUUUAUUCCCUCAUAAUACUGCAUCCAUGAUCGGCUAUAACAACAUUUAUUCGCUCAAAAUAAUCCUAACUUCAGAAUGCCAAAUGGUGUCUCCUCGAAUAAGAAUCAAGAAGCCUGUAAAUAAAUAUAUAUAUAUAUAUAUAUAUUUUUUAAAUACAAAUGUAGUUACAUUGGGACACACUAGCACUCAUCGUCAUUAAGAAAAUAUUUUGGGCAACCAGGCUCCAUGCUCAAUCUGGAAUUUUUUAGAAAAUAUUAAAUAUUGAUAUCUACAAUAGUGCAGAUACAUAUGAAACAUUUUAAAAAAUGUCAAUCGAAAGAACAUUGCUCAGAGAUGCACAAAAACAAUAUAACAUCUCCCCUUUGUUAUAAGAUUAUUCAUCUUUUUUUAAGCAAGCUAUGUUUAUUUACAUUUUUUUCUACAAAUUUCAGUGACAUUUCUUGUGGAAAUUUGGAAUGCUUACAUUUUUACCCAUUAUACAAAUGUUUUCAACAGAACUCAGGAUAUAAAAUCACAUUUUAUUCAACAUAAUUCUUCAUUUGAAAUGUCUAAUGUCAACACGUGUCAUUGUGUUACAUGUUGUGUGUAUUGAAAUAUUUGGUACACUUUGAACAUAUUUAGUGUAAAAAAAAAACUAAAUACCCACUAAAAUAUUACCUCACUGAGCCGACAAGGUAUACAAUUUCAGUUUGUAAUUUCAAAAGGAUGUCGUUCCUGUAUUAACGCAAUAUCAUUUUAUAUACAAAUACAUGCAUCUAUAUCCUCACAUCUUCUAUGUUAACAUUUAUCAUUAAGGUUUUGAUAUACAGUAAGUAAAAUGUUUAAUAACAGUAAAAAAUAUGGUCAUACAGAAGAGUUUGUAAAUUCAAUUUUAGAAGUUUAAAAUAAAGUUUAUAAUAAAAUCUAUAAACUGAGCUAUGAUGUUAAACUGUGAGGGUUUCUUUCUCGUGAGAGAUGUGAAAAUAGAUAGAAACUAUGAGCUUUCGUUUGUGUGUUAUUAUAAUAAUAUGAUAUAUCUUGUUUCAGACUUUCAAUGCUUUUGUUAUGUGUCUCUGCGCCCCACAAAGGCACAAGCCAGCUCACAAACAUUUUCAUUUAGCAAUGUUGUAUUUUAUGACAAACCUCUCCUUGCAUUAUGUGAAAUGAACUUAUGUAACUUUUCUCCUCUGACAAUGUGAUUUGUUAGGAUCUGGUAGAAAAUAAAGAUUUUCACUGUUUUACCUA